AUGACUGCUGAGGUAGUCAAAGGCCCUACCAUAGGCAUUAGGCAUUUGCAGGCGCUGCUCAUUUUUCUUCUUAUCACAGUUCUCUAUAUAGGACGUAUCAAUGUGGGAGUUUCAGUUGUUGCAAUGACCAAUGCUGAAUCUACUAAUCAACAUUUUCCGGAAUACGAUUGGACGUCGACGGAGAUAUCCUACAUAUUGUCCAGUUUUUUCUGGGGCUACAUAUUGACGCAGUUUCUGGGCGGCUAUUUGGGCCGACGGUUUGGUGCCAAACGCGUCAUGUUUUGGGGAACUUUCGGAUCUGCCGCUUUCAGCCUCGCCACACCCUUCUGUAUACCAUGGGGCGGCUGGAUAGCUUAUUGUAUCGUACGUGUAAUACAAGGUUUUUUUCAGGGUCUUAUCUUUCCCUGCAUACAUCAGCAUUUGGCCCGUUGGUCCCCACUCAAGGAACGAAAUCGAUUGGGCGCCCUUAGUCACACAGGCAUAGAAUGUGGAAAUGUGAUGGCGAUGUUUAUCAGCGGCAUGAUUGCAAAAGGUCCUUUGGGUUGGCCGGGUAUUUUUUAUAUAUCCGCGGCGGUUGGUUUUGCUUGGUGCAUCCUAUGGUUUUUCUUUGCGACCGACAGUCCCAAACAAUCUCGUUUUGUCAGCGACGCAGAGUGUCAAUACAUAGAGACCUCGCUGCAGCACAACGAGAACUACAAUGCCAAGAAAAUACCUGUGCCUUGGGGAGCCAUUUUGGUAUCAGCACCAUUUUGGGCCCUACUGGUAGUACGCUGCGCCGAAGCGUGGGGACUAAGUACGCUACAAGCUCAAAUACCCUCCUACAUGAACGGUGUCCUGGAAAUGGACAUGCAAAGCAACGCAAUUUACUCGGCCCUUCCAUUCUUCGCUAUGUGGUUCAUGUCCUACGUCUAUCUGAUAUCAGCCGAUAUUUUGCUGGGAAAAAAAGUUCUGACUCUAACAGCCCUUCGAAAGCUAUUCAAUAGUUUUGCAUGUUGGAUACCCGCAGCUACACUCAUUGGUAUUGGCUUUUUAGAUAAAGAACAAACGACAUUAGCCAUUGUCCUGAUGACAGUAAGCGUAGGUGUGAACAGUGGAGCUACCAUAGGCAGCUCACUUAACACACUUGACCUUUCUCCAAACCAUGCUGGAAUUCUCAUGGGUGUAAUUAAUACAGCCUCCAACGUUCCGCCCCUCCUGACACCGCUGCUCGUAGGUGCUGUUGUGACUGACAAUGGUGACCGAUCACAAUGGCAAAUCAUAUUUAUUGUAGCAUCUGUAAUCUUCUUCGUUGGUAAUUGUCACUUUUUACUAAAAGGUACAGCCAUUUCCCAGCCAUGGGAUGCUGAGGAUUUUCUGCUACCAAAAUAUAUGGAAAAUACACCGCCUAACGCUGCUUUGGAGUCAAAUGGUAGAACUCAACAAAUUAAAAAAUCAUAA